AACUACAAGACGGGCUCACAAGAACUCAGAGAAACUGUGGAUAAAUUCCAGGAGAGUUUGAAGUGCUGUGGCGAUCAGAACUCCACUGAUUGGCAGUACUACGGUGUCGAUGGAAAAACGGUGCCUGUCUCGUGCUGCAUAGAGGUCARACCAGGCUGCGGAAACGGAACCAUGACAAAUAGCACCAUUGUGUACCAGCAGGGUUGCCGUGACGUCAUGGUGAAGAUGCUAAAGAAAGACGCUCAGUGGUUGAUAAUUGCAGCUAUCAGUGUUGCUGUCCUCCAGCUUCUGGGCAUCAUGUUUGCUUGCUUGUUGAUGAGAGGCAUCCGCGGCGGCUAUGAAGUCAUGUGAUUGGCAUACAACCAAGUGCUGGGUGGUCGGGCCCUGCUUAUUAGGAACUUCCAUUUCAAAACAGUUAAUAUUCACGUUAAAGUUCCCAUUUUAUUUACAGGAUUUUAAGUUUCUCCUUUAUAGCAAAAYUGGGGUUUUUAGUUUCAUGUUGGAUCAUUAUUCCCGCUUUUAUACUGUAAAUACAUGGAGAAAGAAAAGCAUUCUGAGGAAAGCUGAUGAUUGUCUUGGAGUUUAGAAAAAGACUGGAGGUUUUUAAAGCCUGACUCUUUGGRAAGUAUUUUUGAGUUAAGUUUUUAUGUUAUGGUUUCAUUUGUAAUAAAGUCUCCUGCAAUUACAUGGAUUUUCAAUAAAGACAAUUAAGAAAUAAAA